AUGACAACCCUACUCAGAAGAAAACAAGAGUGCCCAGAAACUUGUGGCCGGCGAGCGUGCACAGCCGACGGCAAGUGCUGCCAUCCUCAGUGUCUGGGCAGCUGCACGCUUCCUGACGACGAAAUGGCAUGCGCUGCAUGCGUGCAUUACUACCACGAUGGAAGGUGUGUGGCCGACUGCCCUCCAGGCACAUACAGGUUCGAGGGUUGGCGCUGCAUCACUGCUGAGUUCUGCUCCAAAGUUCACCUUCCGGAGUACUAUACCUUCGUCAUCCAUGGAGGAGAGUGCAUGUCUGACUGUCCGCCCGGAUACACCCGAUCCACACCCGACAGCAUGUCGUGCCAGGCCUGCGAUGGCGUUUGUGACAAAGUUUGCGACGGGAAGGUCAUCGACUCCGUGGAUGCUGCGCAGUCUCUCAAAGGCUGCACCGUUAUCAAAGGCGACCUGCAAAUCACCAUCCGUAGAGGCCAUAACAUGGUAGCAGAAUUGGAGAGCUUCACUGGUUUGAUCCAGAGGGUGACGGGUCAUGUCCGGAUCACACAUUCACACACUCUGAGCUCACUGGCCUUCCUCCGCAGUCUGAGAUACAUUGAUGGAGAAAGCCUUCAUGACGACCUGUAUGCCUUCUCAGCAUUCGACAACCAGCAGCUCCAGUAUCUCUGGGACUGGAAGCAGCACAACCUGACCAUAGGAGCGGGCAAGCUGUUCUUCCAGAUCAACCCAAAGCUUUGCAUGUCUGAGAUCCGCAAGAUGUGGGAAAAGACGGGCAUCCAGAGCCCCUUUGAUGAGACAGACUUCCGGAACAACGGCGACAGAGCGAGCUGUGAAAGCACCAUCCUGCAGUUUACGUACAACAGCACCAGCAGCACCAGGAUCAAGCUGACCUGGCAGCGCUACCGACCUCCCGACUACAGAGACCUCAUCAGCUUUAUAGUCUACUACAAGGAGGCGCCGUUCCAGAACAUCACCGAGUUUGACCGCCAGGAUGGCUGCGGUUCCAACAGCUGGAAUAUGGUGGAUGUGGAACUGAGGCCCGAUAAGGAAACGGACCCCGGCGUUCUGCUUUCAGGCCUUAAACCAUGGACGCAGUACGCCAUCUUUGUUAAAGCCAUCACCCUCAUGGUGGAGGACAAACACAUGCCUGGGGCCAAGAGCAAGGUGGUCUACAUCCGCACCAGCCCCUCUGCGCCCUCCAUGCCUCAGGAUGUGCGGGCCUAUUCUAACUCCUCCACUCAGCUGGUGGUCCGCUGGUCUCCUCCCGUCUCCCCCAACGGAAAUCAGACUUACUAUUGGGUGAAGUGGCAGCAACAAGCUGAAGACAAGGAGCUUUACCAGCAUAACUACUGCUCAAAAGAGCUAAAGAUCCCAAUUAGGAUUGCUGCCACGGGGAUUGGAGACCAAGAGGAGGACACAAAGCCCACUAAACCGGAUCCUGAUGGAGCAGACAAAGGUCCUUGCUGCCCCUGCCCCAAAUCAGCAGAAGAUCUGGAGGCUGAAGCUGCAGACGCCUCCUACCGAAAAGUCUUUGAAAACUUUCUGCACAAUUCAAUUUUUACUCCAAGGCCUCAAGAUCGGCGGCGCAGAGAUCUUUUUGGCGUGGCCAACUUCACCCGAGCGCGACGCUUCCAUCUUUAUACCAACAGCACCGUGGUCCCCCCCCUUCAGGCCGCUGGUAACGGCAGCGUCUCUGUCCCCGAGCCCGCCGACCAAGAGUAUAUUAUCAUGGAGCAAACGGUGACCGAGCGCGAGCUGCAGAUAUCAGGCCUGGAGCCUUUCACGGUUUACCGCGUCGACAUUCAUGCCUGCAACAGCCAAGUUCACCAAUGCAGCGCAGCUGAGUUCGUCUUCUCCAGGACCAAGCCAGCAGAAAAGGCUGAUGACAUCCCAGGCCCGGUUAACUGGGAGGGCCAAGAGGACUGGGUGUUCCUGCGCUGGCCGGAGCCCACGCGGCCAAACGGACUCAUCCUCAUGUACGAGAUCAAGUUCAAGCAGGCGGGAGAGGUAGGUCUGGGAAAAAUCAAACAUCUCACGUUUUCAUUAGAGCUGCAACAAACUAUUAUUUUGUUAAUCGAUUAACCUGAACCCUGUUUUUACAAUUAUGCUAUAAUUCCUGCUCUAAGUGCUCUGUCAUUUAAAGGUACGUUUAAGAGUCUCUAUACUGCAGUUAACCAUUAAUCGAUUACUAAUUUAGUUGACGAUUAUUUCAAUAAUUGAUUGAUUGUUUCAGCCCUUAUAAACCCUUUUUAUUCCAUUAGGAACAGCGACCGGCUCGGGAACGGAGUCCUCUACGCCUCGGUCAACCCGGAGUACUUCAGCGCUGCAGAAAUGUAUGUACCAGAUGAGUGGGAGGUGGCCCGGGAGAAGAUUUCCCUGUGUCGGGAGCUGGGCCAGGGGUCCUUCGGGAUGGUUUACGAAGGCUUGGCUAAGGGUGUGGUCAAAGACGAGCCGGAGACACACGUCGCCGUCAAGACAGUAAACGAGUCGGCCAGCAUGAGGGAGAGGAUCGAGUUCCUCAACGAGGCAUCUGUUAUGAAGGAGUUUAAUUGCCAUCAUGUGGUGCGUCUCCUCGGUGUGGUUUCCCAAGGCCAACCCACCCUGGUCAUUAUGGAGCUGAUGACGAAGGGAGACCUGAAGAGUUACCUUCGCUCACUGCGUCCUAAAGAGCAACAGUUUUCCAGCCUGUCUCUCCCUCCGCUGAAAAAGAUGCUUCAGAUGGCGGGACAGAUCGCCGACGGCAUGGCUUACCUCAACGCCAACAAGUUUGUCCAUCGAGAUCUGGCCGCCAGGAACUGCAUGGUGGCCGAGGACUUCACUGUCAAGAUAGGAGAUUUCGGGAUGACCAGAGACAUCUAUGAGACUGAUUACUAUCGCAAGGGGGGGAAAGGUUUGCUCCCUGUCCGCUGGAUGUCCCCGGAGUCUCUGAAGGACGGCGUUUUCACUACAAACUCAGAUGUCUGGUCCUUUGGGGUUGUGUUGUGGGAGAUUGCCACCCUGGCAGAGCAGCCCUACCAGGGUCUGUCCAAUGAACAAGUCCUUCGCUUUGUAAUGGAGGGAGGCCUACUGGAGAAACCACAGAACUGUCCAGACAUGCUGUUUGAGCUGAUGCGGAUGUGUUGGCAGUUCAACCCUAAAAUGCGUCCCUCCUUCGUGGAGAUAAUCGGCAGCAUAAAGGAUGAGCUGGACCCGUCUUUCAAAGAGGUUAGUUUCUACUACAGCGCCGACAACAAGCCCCCUGAAGCUCCGCAGCUCCACCUGGACAAGCUGGGUCACACAGUGGAUGCUAGCCUGGAUCCUUCUGCCUCCACGCAGCAGACCCCCCCUUCCCCCGGCUCGGAGGGCCCACCCGCUCCACCACAGGCCCCCAGCUCCCCCUCCUCUCCCUGCACAUCCAGCGCAGUGAAGGUCCCAGAGCCGUCAGGCCAGCAGGCAGCGAACGGACUCUCAGGAACGGGCCUUCCUGCGAGCGCGGGACCAGCAGCCGGGUCGGGCUCCAACAUGCGGUCGUCCCUGGACGAACUGCCGCCGUACGCGCACAUGAACGGAGGACGCAAGAACGAGCGCGCCAUGCCCCUCCCACAGUCCUCAGCCUGCUGAUGGAGCAGGCUGUGAAGCGUCCACCCACCCGGAGAACAAAUUGAGACUUUCCCUACAGGAUGGAUGUAGGCAUUUCGACACCAGAUUAAACUUUCAGAGUUACUGUCCUGCUGUGAGGCCGCACACCUUCUCUUCUUUUUUGUUGUGUUUUUUUUUGAAUAACCUACUAGUCAGAGUUUGUACCCGCUGGCUGUCAUUUGUGACACCGCUCCUAUUGCUGAGCGGAAAGAUAAAAAAAAUAAAAAAUUUAUAAAAAAAUAAAAAAAACAUCUUCAAGAAUAAUUUGGAGGAGAGCCAUUUUGCUCUCUGUGGCUGGACUCGUUUUAUAGUUACUUUUUUUUUAUCCGUUUCCGUUUGAGGAAACGACAUGCCUUGUAAAUGAGCAGCGUUUUGAGCGGGCAUUUUGUUGAAAACUUCAAGCAUAUCUAAUGAAGAAGCAGCACUUCAAAGAGGUGGCGGUUCGCGGAUGGGCUCGCCGUAAAGGUUGAGCGUCAGCAUAAUGCCGGGUCAAAAGCCAGUCAACCGGAACAAGCGAUGGGAGAACAGUCAGCUCUGCCAAAUCUGUUGCCAAACUUCUGCUUUUCACGUCGUUUCUAAACCCCGUUGACUCUUAGAGACACGGCCGUGAAAAACGGAAGAAUAAAGAAUAAAAAGCACCUUGAUCUUCCUCCUCCGGAUAAAACGGACAUUACCGUUCCUCCACUCUCCCACCCUGCUUCUCCAGCUUCUAGAGCAGCGGUCCGGUCGGUUUACCCCAAACAAAGCCAGCUCCAGCAGGUCGCUCAGAGUUCAGCUUUAAUGGUGCAGCAAGAUGUACAAAACAGAGCCGUAAAGCUAAAAGGACAUGAACCUGUGAGUCCCCCCCACCCCCCCGAGGUCAGAGACGUCCUUAAUGUACACUUUUUCUUUUUUUUUUUACACUUGUAAAUAUUCGCCAACAUUUUCAUCUCUACCUGUGCAGAGCAUUUAUGUACAAACCAGUUGUUUUUUCACUUUUCUAACUUUUAUACAGUCAGAGACUUUCUUUAUGUACAGAAAGAAGCUGCUAUUCAUCAUUUCUCUUCUGGUUGUUAUAUAGUCAGUAUAUUAUGAGUAUAUUAAAAGGAGAAAAAAUCUUAUUCAGGUUGGUUUUUUGCUUAGAACAUUUUCACUCCACAUCAUUUGUUUUUUUUAGUCAUUAUUUUAUUGUUUAUUAAUUGAUUUUUGGAUGUAUUUCAUAAACGGUACAACAGUUUGCCUCGUGUAGAGAGACGCCGUAUCUCCCCCACCUACCACUAGAGGGCACCAUGCUCUCUAGGAAAAGCCUGGUUUCUCAGAUAUAAUCUCAGGUGAAAGAGAAAAGUAGAAUCCUUCUCUGCUCCAUGUUUUCUUUCUUUACCUCUGCUGCUGUCGCCUGGUGACUUCCUGCCUGGUGUGUCUGUUUUUUCUUUUCUCAGACUUAAAGCGAUGUUUGUUGCCACAGAGGUUGCGCAGUCUCCAUCCUCUGCAUGCAGCCAAAAUACUGACAAAAAGUAGAAAGACUUCAAACAUUUCAGUAUAAAAAAUGCUCAGUUUAUUUAUUUGAAUGUAAAAAAAAAAGAAAUGUUUAUUUUUCAAUUUUUUUUCCUCACAUUUGCUGUUUUCUCCAACCAGCAUUCAUUCGUUCUCUCAUCCAAACCUGCUUUCACCGCAAUCAGACUCCAAGCGAAUGGAUUAGAAUAACAUUUACUGUUAGCUUUUAAAGUCUGAUUAAAAAAUAUAUAAUUCUAUAUAGUAAAAAGAUUCCAGAAUUUUGCUCAAAUCCUGUUAGAAAUUUAUAAAAAUCUCUCCUAAAAACCAGAUUUGACAUAAAAAUUCUGUGAUUUAUAGAAAACCUUCCUGCUUGGAUUCAUUUCAAAGGAAACAUGAAGAUAUUUAGAUUGUUAUUCAGCAUAUCUCGACUCUUUGGAUUAAUCUGACUGUUUAAUUGGUCGAAGGUGGAUGUUAAUUCAAACUAAAGAGUUAAUCACAUCUUCCAACUACUGAGAAAUAAAGCUUAAAAUAACAAUUUUCUAUUGCUGUUGCCAUGGCAAGAAAAUAAAAUGUCACCAAUUGAAACGUUAACCAGAAAAGUCAUUAACUUUGGUUGUUAUUCAAACAGGAAUUCAAGAUGAUUAUUUAUAAAGAAGUCAUGAUUACAUCUAAAUAAACUUCUAUUCUGAAAAUCUAAAAAGAAAAACAUUAAAACUAUUAAAUAAGCUUCUUGUUCACUCCUUGAGAUAAAAUAAAUGCUGAGAUUGAGUUCCUGUCGUAUCCAAUAGUCCAGAGGAAGGCAGUUUUUCUUCUUCUUGGUAUUAAUUUUAUUGAAAAAAAAAACAUAUCACAUUUAAAUAAAGCUAAAGAUCCUGUUUAAGUAUAAUUAUAUCGAGGUAUCACUACAAAGAAAUUUAUAAUUUGACGAUUUAUUGAAAGAAAUUAGAGCUUUUGUUUUCAUUCGUCAUAUUAUAUUUAGAUUAAUAAUCCAGGAAUGAAUAAUCCAGGGGUAUUCCUUCCAGAUAACCAGACCUCAAGCUUGUUUUGUUUUGGCAUUAGGCUUCUGAUGGAAGGGAUGGUGCAAUCCUGUCAGGAUGGAAAAACAUAACUUUAUUUAAAAAGAAAUAAAAAUAAAAACAAGCGGUUUUUAUUUAUCUCUAUGAUUCCAACAUAAACCUUCACCUCAUUUAGGUUCUCAGUUUCUGACUCAGAAGCAGCUUUUCCUGCACUUUAUAUGUCUGUAUAUAAAUGUUCAAAUGAGCAGAAAGUCAAAGUACGUCAUUCGGGUGUUAAAUUCAGCUGCGUUUGAUCCAGGAGGGAAACUCACAAUCUGGUAACGGUAAAUAAAAGUUAGCGAUGCUGUUAGAAGAGAAAUAAUUUAGGUUUAUCUUAAAAAUCAAGACAUGUUAUAAUAUAGUUGCUGGUUUCCUUCUGCUUGUUGCUCCCUUCCUUUUUUUGUAAUUACACACAGUUUAACCCGAGUGAAACAGUUUAGUUAUUAAAUAUAAAAUGUUUUACACUGAAGCAGAUGUUUUCUUUCAGGCCUCUUACCUCUGGUUUGUCCUUUUGGAGGCUUGAAAAUUACACAAAGGGAAAAUUAGAGAGCGGAUAGAAAAAUAAAGUUAGAGGAAAAUUAAAACCUUUAUAACCCGUUAUUGUUUUUUCCUUAAUAUAAAGUCGAUUUCUGCUUGCUCUUUCCUGAGGAUGUUUCCUACUUUUUGUCAGCGUUACGGUUCCUUCUAUCAAAUCAGGAUCAACUGUAACAAACUGACCCGUUUCUGCUCGUCUUUCUGCUGCAUUAAACUGGAUCGUUACAUUUACCUCUUGAUCAGAUUAUUUCCCAAACUGUUUCAUUUCCUCUCUACUCUGUGAACAUUUGUUUGGGUUUGAUGAAGGUUUGAGCCAUUAAACUGGACUGAAUUUAAGUUCCCGCUUUUCUUGUGAAAUAAGUAGUGACCUGUAAGAGAAACAUAAUUUAAAGUCCGUCUCUCAGAGAAAAAAACACAAUUUAAGUCUAAAUAUCCAACUUUGAGCAUGAAGAUUAAAAUAAAGGAGCGAUUUAAUGGAAUGGUCUCAAUGAGCAACGUUUGGAUUUAAUUCCUGGACGUUCUUUGAUAUUUUCUGUUUUUUUGUGAAGUUGUGAUCACUGUGCAAAUCUCCCCCCGGCUUUUAUUUGGACCUGAUUUCUUUUUUUUUAUAUUUUGAUAUUUUGGGAGAAGGCUUUAUUAUUGCUUCCUUCAACCAUCCACCCAUCUCACUUUUCUUUUUGUCCAGUCUGUGUACUUGUAUAAAACACUAAAGCUGUCAUCUCAGCGGAUUGAUGAUCUCACUGGGUGCCGUUCAGCACGGUCAAAUAAAAAACACAAACCUAACGGGCUCUGAUGCAUCAAACCUUCGUCACAUGGGACCAGUUCAAGCUGACUGAUGGUUUCACUGGAGCCUUUUGUUUCUAUCACUUUAACUCCAGUCAGAUUUAGUUUUUUCCUGUUUUAGUUGUUUACUGUUUCCAACAUAGUUUAACUGUAAAUUGAAGAAAUGUUUUUUAAAGAAAGCAGUUUCUCUAAAACUAGACCUGUGCUGGAGCUCAUCAGCGUCUGGGUCGAGCGUCUUGUUACGAAACUUUAUAAUCCAUUUCUGGAAUGGGCUUUGUUUGUGGUCUGAUUUUUGCCAGAUUUUGUUCCUUAUUUAUCACUUAAACAUUCAAAAAAAGUUGUUUUUUUUCCCCUUCUCAAUCCCUCCCUUCCCUCUUUUUACACACACACACCCAUACAUACAUAGCUAUAUAUAUGAAUAUAUGUGUGUGUGUGUGUGUGUGUGUGUUACAUUGACGAUUUGUUUGAUUUAUUAUAAAAUAUCUAAGUUAUUGAUGGCCUUCCAGUUCCCGGAUUUUUGUUACGAUUGUUUGGAAUGAUUUUUUAGUUUUUUUGCUUUUCUGUAUCUUUUUUUGUUUUUUGUACAUGCUGUUGUAAGAUUUUUUUUUUUCUUGUCAGUAUAUGGGAUACCGGGAUAAAAUGAUUGGCUGAAGGAAAAGAGAAUAUCUAUUUCUUGUUCUAUUUUUUUUAUACACAAACUUUAAGAGAAAUUAAAAAAAUGUAUGCAAACUUCUAUUGUAUGUCUU